UCCUCCAGCUCCUGUCCGGGUGCAGCACACUGCAGUCUCCAUCAGCCCUCCGCACUGCGCUCUCUUUGCAGGUGGGAAAUAGCUACACACACACACAGGACAGUCACAAUGGCUUUCAUCAUUGCCGUAGCUGUUUUGGCCCUGGUGGUUUCCAUUGAAAGCAGCGUGGGACCAAGCACCAACACCAGCUUCUGCACCGAGUCUAAGGAAUGUCUAGAAUAUGAACUGGUCUGCAAAACGGAUGAGUAUGAAGUGCGACACCUUACCCCCACUCGCUGGGUGUCGACAGACGCCGAAGCCUACUUCAUGGGAGUGGGAGCAGCCAUGGCUUUCAGGAGACUCUUCCAGUACAUCAACGGAGCAAACGACGAAGGCUUGAAGAUGGAGAUGACCGCCCCAGUCCUGGUAAAGGUCCCAGAGGAAACCAAGCUCUGGGAGCCAGCCGUCUACACGCUCAACUUCCCGCUGCCGGCGGCCUAUCAGGACAAACCGCCCGCGCCCACCAAUGACAAGGUGUAUUUUACGGCGAUGCCGGAUAUGGACGUGUAUGUGAGGAGCUACGGAGGCUGGAUGCUGUCGGUCACCUCCAGGCUUCACUCCCACCUGCUGACCAAAGAGUUGGAGCGAGUUCACGCCUCCUACAACCACACCUACCACUAUGGAGUCGGUUACGACAGUCCCUUGAAGCUGCUGAACCGGCAUAACGAGGUUUGGUACGUGGCUGAAGGGGAACCGGUGUGCACAGACCCACUGGAGCCCACUCCCGCACACACUCCCCGGCCCAUGCCGACCCACCUGCUCGCGGACUCGCCAUCAGAGAUGCUGUCUGACUCGCCCUACCUCCCUCCGUCCAACCUGUCCUCAAACACCACCUUUAACUCCUCCUCUUCCUCCCUGCUGCCCUCCUACCCCUCAGCCGUCCUCCCGUCCGAAACCCCGGCGAGCAAUUCGUCCGAGCCUCACACUGAGGCCGCGUUCAGUCACCCUCCGUCCUCCGCCCUCAUGGCAGAGGACCCGACGGCGACCAACGCCUCCGUCCUGGCCUCCGCCAGCCCCUCGCUGGAGCCAGAGCGCGAGGCCGGCGCGUGGAACUUCACGACCAGCAGCUCCGUGGACACACAGGCUAACGCUGGCACCGAGGUCCAACCAGACAACGCCCAUUAGCAACACUGAAGCUAUCGAUGUUAGAUAUACAGAAGACAUGCACUCUUUGGUUGUUUAUUUCUCCAAUAUGCAAUCUGCUCUCAUUUUACCACAGCUUUGUUCCUGCUCCACCCAGAGUAUCUGUUCACUGUGUCACUCCCAAGUUAACUAACUGCUGCAUUAUAGGUAAGAUGUGAGGUUAAACUAUAUUCAUCAGAUUUAACUGUUAGGACUUCAAUCUGCUUUAAUCUGAUAAACACAAUGCAGGGAUUAACUACAGUAGACCAUUACGUCUGUAGAAAGUGAACUGUUUUGAUGUGAAGAAGUUUGACUUUCUGCUCAGCUCCAUCGCCGACUUUCUUCUUCUGCUGUAAGUGUGGCGACAUAUCAGUGCAAUCAUUGUAAAACCAGCGUGUGCGUUCAACGGGAUCUUUGCUGCACAAAUAAAUAAUUGCUCUUAAGCUUUAACUUAAGAACAAAGUAAUAACAUUUUAGCAUUUUUUUCCUGCAUUUUAUUAUUUAAAUUAGCUUCCAGGGAGGGAAAGAUCCAUCUAAAAGUGCAAGUGAAGUAAGCAGUCCUGCUUAAAGCACUAAACUUAGCUGGGGCUACAUAAAUGCUUAGUUUUUUCUUCAAAACUGAGCAUGAUUAAAAGAACACAAGUUAAUCUGUCUUUCCCACAGAGAAGUAUUAUUCACUUCACUCUGCUUCAAAUAAAGCCGUUUAACAAAUCUUUCUGCUUUCGUUAAACUGGCAUCAUUCUUCAAAAAUGUCUCCAAAAAAGUGUAAUUAUGUUCUUUAAUGGUAUUAAAACUGCACCAAAGAUCCCAGAGAAACACGCAUCAAACCAAUGCAAUAAAAUGUAUGUAACUUAAAAAAUAAUCAUUUGGUAGCAAUGCACCUCAGAGCUACAUGGUAAAUUUUCUGAGAAAGGCGCAAUAAAAUGGUACACUCUUGUUGAA